CCUCCCAUCAGCAGAAGCCGCCGCCGCCCGAGCACUCCGUCUCCUCGCCGAAGCGCCGCCGCUCCACCGCCGCAGCCGCCAUGGGUAAGGUGCACGGAUCGCUGGCCCGAGCCGGGAAGGUGCGGGGCCAGACGCCCAAGGUGGCGAAGCAGGACAAGAAGAAGCAGCCGCGCGGCCGCGCCCACAAGCGCAUCCAGUACAACCGCCGCUUCGUCACCGCCGUCGUCGGCUUCGGCAAGAAGCGCGGCCCCAACUCGUCCGAGAAGUAGAUCUAGGUGGUCUCGCGCCAGCCCUCCUUUUUUUUUGUUUCCCGUCAGUAGCUGUGAUCCGUUCCGGUAUGCAUGCUAAGAAGUAAGAAGACCUAAUCAAGUAUCUGUAAUUUUCUGUGAUGUUGGUAAUGGAAAUCUCACUGCAUUGUCCAGUUAAUGUUUGCCAUAUGCCUAUUUUAUCUCA